UCAGCACUAGUGGCGCUUUGAUCGCAACCGGCAAAUCGGCGCCGGCGUUCAUUAUCUUCCCGUCAUUCAUUGCGUUUCUUUCAUCGGGUUGUGUGUGGUAAGCCGAAGAAAAAUCCCUAAAAGAUGGAUGGCGGAGGAAUGCGUGGUAGAGGUGGUUACUCAAGAGGGAUGAGCCGCGGAGACUUCACAAGAGGUCGUGGCGGGCCUAUAAGAGGCCGUGGUGGACCGCCAGGGGCAUUCAGAGGCGCACCUCGAGGCGGCGGAGAAUUCCAGGGCCGUGGACGAGGAGACUUUACGCCGCGGGGCCGAGGAGACUUCUCGCGAGGUCGUGGUGGCGCCGGUGGUGACUUCUCUUCAAGGGGAGGAGGAGGCAGUGAAGAGUUUGUUCCCAGAGGUCGAGGUUUUACACCACGAGGACGAGGGGGACCUCCCACACGUGGGCGGGGAGACUUUGCGCCAAGAGGCCGUGGAGACUUUACACCGAGGGGCCGUGGAGACUUUACACCGAGGGGCCGUGGAGACUUUACACCGAGGGGCCGUGGAGAUUUCACACCGCGAGGCCGCGGCGACUUCACACCGAGGGGCCGCGGGGAUUUCACACCGAGAGGCCGCGGAGAUUUUGCUCCUCGUGGAAGGGGCGAUUUCAAUGCUGCCCGUGGAGGUGGCUUUUCUGGAGGACCUCCUGCAGCUGGUGGGCCACCAAUGCGUGGAGGGCCUGCAAUGAGAGGUGAUGCCCCACCUCCAAUGGGAGGUGGUCGAGGCAUGCUGCCUCCUCGUGGUGGCAUGGGAGUUGGAGGUCCAGGUGGAAUGGGUGGACCGGGUGGAAUGGGUGGACCAGGUGGAAUGGGUGGUCCAGCUGGAAUGGGUGGACCCGGUGCUAUGGGAGGACCUGGAGGAAUGGGAGGAGGACCGCCUGCCAAGCGAGGCCGUUGGGAUGGUCCCCCGAACAAUGGCUCCUCAUACCAGGACGACUACUACGACGAUGGAGCAAGCCAAGAUUAUGGAAAUGGUGGUGGCUAUGACGAAGGCUAUGGACAAGCCCCUGUCAGUCGCAGUAGCUACCAAGACUCUUACGCCCCACUCGACAUGAUGGGGAAUGGCUACCAGGGUCCUGGAGUAGGAGUAGGCGGCAAUGGAGGAGGCUACGGUGAUGUUUCUGGCGGCUACAACACUGAUUAUAACAAGCCUCCGGGAAUGGAGAGGGGAGGUGGUGACUUCAGGAGUUCUGGCGCUGGCUAUGCACCCCCUGUUGGAGGUGGUGGUGGCUACGCCAGCAGUUACGACGACAGGGGUUAUGGGGGUCGACAAGACGGUGGCUACGGGGGACGCCCUGCAGCUGACAACUUCAGUGGAGGUGGUCCCCGAUCAGACUAUGCCUCCUAUGACAGCUAUGGUGGCGCAGCAUAUGGCCAAUCUCGGGAUAGCUAUGGAGGGGCAGGCCACUAUUAACAGCGCAGCAAGCUGCUGUCCCUUUUUUUUUUUUUCCUCUCGAGAGCAGGCAUAGAAGAGCGGCAGAGACAUUUUUUCAUAAAUGAAAGCCUCCACCAUGCCCACCACCAUCCAUCUUCAAUAUACCAUCAAUGCCUUGCUUGAAGAAAUUUCUAGGCGCAGGCACGCUGCUACAUUUCUCCUUCCCAACACCAUUAUAUACACCUAGUGUUUUGUAAUUACUCUUCAUUUCUCAUUUUUUUUUUCUAAACAUUAGCCAGGUGGCUUGGAAGGCCACAUUGCACUGUUAGACACAUCAUAAUUUUAUUUUUCAUCUUUACCCAUGGAGCCUGGCAUUGUCUUCUGAACUUGAUGUUAGUGAGCGCUCGUAUCGUGAAACAAGCACAUGCUACUGAUUGUAUGUACUCAAAAUGGUCCAGGCGGAUCAAGUGAAAUAAAAUGUUGAGUGGAACCCCCUA